ACUCAGAUUCCUAUCACCUCUUAGAGCAGCUCUGCGGUGAUCAUGGCUCUGCCGCCCUUUUUCGCCCCGGGCCGCCCGCAACCGCCGCCUCCCGCUCCAUUCGGCUGUCCGCCACCGCCGCUGCCCUCCCCGGCUUUCCCGCCGCCUCUCCCUCAGCGACCCGGCCCUUUUCCGGGGGCCUCCGCCCCCUUCCUCCAGCCUCCGCUGGCUCUGCAGCCUCGGGCCCCAGCGGAUGCCACCCGCGGCAGCGGCGGCGGCGGCGCCGGUGGCGCCUUCUUCCCGGUGCCGCCGCCGCCGCUGCCUCCUCCCCCGCUCCAGUGCCGCCCCUUCCCGGGGAACGACGCCGGCGAGCGCCCGCGGCUGCCGCUUCCCGGCCCAGGACCGCCCUGGAGCCCGCGCUGGCCUGAGGCGCCGCCGCCAUCCGAUGUGCUCGGGGAUGCGGCCCUGCAGCGCCUGCGUGACCGGCAGUGGCUGGAGGCGGUGUUCGGGACCCCGCGGCGGUCGGGCUGCCCGGUGCCCCAACGCACGCCCGCUGGGCCCAGCCUAGGCGAACUGCGCGCGCGGUUGCGCGGGGCUCUGCGCCUGGUACAGCGGCUGCGCGGCCUGAGCCAGGCUCUGCGCGAGGCCGAGGCCGACGGCGCGGCCUGGGCCUUACUGCAUGCCCAGGCCGCGCCGCUGCGCGCCGACCUGGCUGAGCGGCUACAGCCGCUCACUCAGGCAGCCUAUGUGGGCGAGGCGCGGCGGAGGCUGGAGAGGGUCCGGCGCCGCCGGCUGCGGCUUCGCGAGAGGGCCCGGGAACGCGAGGCCGAGCGGGAGGCAGAGGCCGCGCGGGCAGCGGAACGCGAGCAGGAGAUUGACCGCUGGAGGGUCAAGUGCGUGCAGGAGGUGGAGGAGAAGAAGCGGGAGCAAGAACUCAAAGCUGCCGCUGAUGGUGUAUUAUCUGAAGUGAGGAAAAAACAAGCAGACACCAAAAGAAUGGUGGAUAUUCUUCGGGCUUUGGAGAAGUUGAGGAAACUGAGGAAAGAGGCUGCGGCAAGGAAAGGGGUUUGUCCUCCAGCGUCGGCAGAUGAGACUUUUGAGCACCAUCUUCAGCGGCUGAGGAAACUCAUUAAAAAACGCUCUGAACUCUAUGAAGCUGAAGAGAGAGCCCUCAGAGUUAUGUUGGAAGGAGAACAAGAAGAAGAGAGGAAAAGAGAAUUGGAAAAAAAACAGAGAAAAGAGAAAGAGAAAAUAUUAUUUCAGAAACGUGAAAUUGAGUCCAAGUUAUUUGGGGAUCCAGACGAGUUUCCACUUGCUCACCUGUUGCAGCCUUUCCGGCAAUAUUACCUCCAAGCUGAGCUCUCCCUGCCAGCUCUCAUCCAGAUAAGGCAUGAUUGGGAUCAGUACCUGGUGCCAUCUGAUCAUCCCAAAGGCAGCUCCGUUCCCCAAGGAUGGGUCCUUCCCCCGCUCCCAAGCAACGACAUCUGGGCUACCACCAUUAAGCUGCAUCAGUAAAGAUGCUCCAGGAUCUAUUUCAAGCUCUCAAUGUUAGUGAUGCUGCCAUCUCGUGCUGAGGACUAAAUUGCAACUUCUAAACUUCGUGUGGCAUUGCCCUACCCUGACGUUACACUUUCCUUCUGUGCUCUGUCCUGGCUAGAGGGGCCUCUUGAAUCAGGAGAUUAAUAUUGUUGUUCAGGAAAGGACCUAGGUGAACUGAGUUUAUUACUACAGGCAGUGGCCUUGGUUCACCAAAUUUGCCUCUGUUUUGAGGGGCUUGGUCCAGAGUGAUUUGUUAAUUUACUCUUAACUUCCUCCUUUGGUGAUGGGUAAGUACACUCAAUACACUCAAAUACUCAGUGCAGGUGUACACUGGGUAGAUUUAGCAGCCCUCCGACCAAUACUGAGUAUGAAGGCAAGCUUUAUGCAAAACCUCCUUACUCUUCCUACCCAAAGAACCCUCUAAUUUCCAUGAGGAAAGGUCAAAAAUGCUUUAUCUUUGGUUUUGUUAAUCCCAGUUUUGGUGUAGUUUGGGAGACUGCUAGUUAGGAAGAUGGCAGUGGCUACAGUCCGGGCUGCCAGAAAAAAUAGUGGCCUAGUCUUGGUGGUCAUGUGGAGAACUUAGAAAACCUGAAGAGUACCUGUACCCAAAUUGGAUCACGUUUUAAUGGACUAUGACUAUAUUCUCCCAUGUUAGAAGGAUUCUAAGGAGGGCACGCAGGGGUCUAGUUGUUCAGAAUCUCCAAGCAUAGAUAUUAUUUCCCUGCGGGAGUGGGACCUUAACCAUUCUCCAUCACAUUGUAGGAGCUGGUAUAGCUGUGGAAUUUUCUUAGGAACUUAAGCUUCCAAAAACAUCCAUGGAGUCAAAGCUGGGGGAAAAGCAAGUAAAAAUAAUGAAAUUUAUUUUUUAUAUUCAUUAAUAAAUGCUGUUGUGCUUGCGGAUGAUUGAUCACAUGACAUGUCAGGAUUUUUUGUUUUGGUUUGGUUUUUACCAUUUAUUUUGUUAUUUAUAUUUCAAGAAGACUAAAUAAAUUUCAUUUUUAUUUUUUAGUUUGAGCCUUUGACCCUAAUUUGUUGCCUCCUAAAUCACUUAAUGCAUACUUUCACAUUUAUGAAACACAUUUUCACCGCAAAAUUCAAAUUUAUUAAACAGGCUUUUGCUAUAGGAAAGUGAAUCUCGACAACCUUGCCACUAUGACAUCUGUAUUGAUGAGAAGACAGGGUGUGUAAUGCAGGGACACAGGAAAACUCAGGCAGCAGAACCAAAGGAGAAGGUGGCAUUUAGUCAUAAGUGAAGAAAAGACCUUUCCCUCUUUCCUCUCAUUUGGCCUCUGCAAGGUUUUAAUAAAGUGAGCAUUAUUUUUGA